AUGUCAGCGGGCGGCCCGGGUUUGUUGCGGGAGCUGCUGAGCUCAGAUCCGGCAUGGAAGGAGGACGAGGUGUGCGUGGUCGGUGUGUUCGGGAAGACGGCGCUGCUGCACGGGAGCUGGGACAAGGGCUGCCUGGUGAACUCGCUGUGUGACCGGCACGUCUUCCCUCUCUUCCACCGGCAGCCGGAGGGGACGCGGGAGCGCAGCGUCUUCCAGACGUACUACGAGCAGGAGUCGCGGGUGCUGUACGUGCUGCUCACCGGCAUCACCGACACUGGGCAGCUGGCCCGGGCGUGCGAGGAGCUGGGGCGCGGGGUGUCGCACGCGGAGUCGCAUGAGUGGUGGAAGGACGCGGAGAAGCUGCACUGCAUGCACGUGCUCUACCUCUUCUGCGCCUGCCACUUGCUGCUGCUCGUGCACCCUGCCUGCAGCUUUGACAUCGCCUACGAGAAGCUUUUCCGCGCCCUGGACAGUGUCCGCCAGAAGCUGCUGCCUUCACUCAAGCCAGCGCUCAAGGAUUGCCCUGUGGGGCUGGAUUGGAAGCUAAACGCUCGUCCCUGCCCGCCCCGCCUGCUCUUCGUCUUUCAGCUGAACGGCGCCCUGCGGGGUGUAGAACCUGGCCGGGGCUCAGCCCAAGCAGCUGCCGAUAAGCCCAAGAAACACUCGCCCAAGAGGAGGCUGCAGCACGCCCUGGAGGACCAAAUCUACCGCAUAUUCCGUAAGAGCAGAGUCCUCACCAACCAGAGCAUCAACUGCCUCUUCACCGUGCCCGCCAACCAGGCCUUCGUCUACAUCGUGGCCGACCAGGAUGACGACCCCAUAGGCAUGCUGUUGGAUGGUCUGCGGCACCAUUGCACCGUCAGGGACACGGACUCUUCCAUGGUGCCCAUCUCUGGACCCCGGCGCUUCAGGAUGAUGAGACACAGCCGGCAACAGCUCUCUUUCACAGUGGAGAGCAGCUCCGGGGUCUCUGGGCAACUGGUGGACUGCACCUUGCGGGAAUUCCUCUUCCAGCAUGUAGACUUGGUGCUCACAAAGAAGGGGUUUGAUGACAGUGUUGGCCGAAACCCACAGCCUUCUCAUUUUGAGCUGCCCACCUAUCAGAAGUGGGCAAGUGUAGCCCUGAAACUGUAUGAAGUAAUCAUAGAGAAUAAAGAUGAUGAUCCUCCAGCAUUCCCUGGCGGGUAUCCGCCAAAGUUAUUGGCCAAUAUGAAAGUGCUGGAAGGAUAUUUGGAUGCAGACACCAAGUUUUCAGAAAAUAGGUGCCAAAAAGCCCUUCCCAUGGCACAUAGCGCUUACCAAUCUAACCUACCCCAUAAUUACACUACCACAGUCCAUAAAAAUCAGCUGGCGCAAGCAUUAAGGGUUUACAGCCAGCAUGCCCGUGGACCAGCAUUCCAGAAAUAUGCCAUACACCUCAAUGAAGAUUGCUACAAAUUUUGGAGCAGUGGACACCAACUUUGUGAGGAAAGGAGCCUGACAGAUCAACACUGUGUACACAAGUUCCACUUGCUUCCAAAGUCAGGAGAGAAGAUUGAACCUGACAGAAAUCCUCCAAUUCUGUACCACAACAGUCGGGCAAGGUCUUCUGGUAACUGUAACUGUGGGCGAAAACAGGCACCACGCGAGGACCCAUUUGACAUCAAAAGCGCCAAUUACGAUUUCUAUCAGAUGCUGGAAGAGAAAUGCUGUGGAAAGUUGGAUCACAUUCAUCUUCCCAUAUUCCAGCCCAGCACUCCUGAUCCUGCUCCUGCCAAGAAUGAAGCUCCCUCCACUUCCCAAGAAGGAGAAAUGGAAGGAGAGAAGCUGAAAGAUAAAGAACCGCAAACACAGGGUGAAACCACUAGUUUGAGCCUGGCUCUUAGUCUGGGCCAGUCCACUGAUAGCUUGGGAACAUACCCAGCUGAUCCCCCAGCUGGGGGAGAUAAUGCGGAUGCUCCGGCACAUGGUACAGAGGACAAAGGGGAAAAAAGACCCAGUUUAGUGGAUCGUCAGGCAUCCACGGUCGAAUACCUACCUGGUAUGAUGCAUUCAAACUGUCCUAAAGGGCUUCUACCUAAAUUUUCUAGUUGGUCACUAGUAAAACUUGGUCCUGCUAAAGCUUACAACUUUCACACAGGUUUAGAUCAACUUGGAUUUAUCCCAGGUACCAACUAUCUAAUGCCAUGGGACAUUGUCAUCCGUACAAAGCCAGAAGAUGAAGGGGACUUAGAUGUCAACUCUUGGCCGGCUCCAAAUAAGUCUAUCCCUGGGAAACGAAGUGGUGUGGCAGCAGGAAGAGGCCGUAGAAGGGAUGAUUUAGCAAGGGCGUUUGUGGGUUUUGAGUAUGAGGAUUCAAGAGGCCGUAGGUUCAUGUGCUCUGGACCUGAUAAAAUUAUGAAAGUGUUAGGCAAUGGUCCUAAAGAAUCGGCAGUCAAAGCCCUCAACAGUGACAUGCCUUUGUACAUGCUGUCACCAUCUCAAGGACGAGGACUUAAACCUCAUUAUGCACAGCUCAUGAGACUGUUUGUUGUGGUUCCAGAUGCUUCAUUACAAAUUGUAAUGAAUCCUCAGGUGCAGCCUAGCCCACUUCCAUGUCCUAUAUUUUUUCCUGAAAAGCAGGAAAUCACCCUGCCAUCUGAUGGAUUAUGGGUACUAAGAUUUCCGUACUCUUACGUGACAGAACGAGGCCCUUUUUACCCCCCAAAGGAAAAUCAACAGCUUAUCAGCUACAAAGUUAUGAGAGGAAUAUUAAAGACUGUCACACUAUAAUACACAUUUUUUUCAUCACCCAACAUCAACCCUAGCUUGUGGUUUUGGUGAUGAAUAGUGGACACUGAACUUUUUGUUCUUCAGAACACGAGCAAGGAUUUCUCUUGCCGACCUCGGUCUUGUUUUAUUCUGAUGUGUUAUUCGUAUAAUCGUGUGUAAAACGUAUAGAUUUAUAGAUAUGGAUAAAUCAUGAUGGCAUGAGAAGACAAAUCCCGAAGUUUCAAUUGUAAAUUUAUGUCACUAUGGCUGUCAACCAUUAUUUAUCUCAACAAUAUGAUACAAUACACCAGUUAUGAAGCAAAUUCUUUGUAUUUUGUAUUAAUUGGUUUUGUGCCAAUGUUUCACAUUCCUGGAACACCAUUGCUUGUUUUGUGUGUGGAAAGAUUAUGUAGCCUAUGGAAUUAAGGGGCCGAGUGGAAAAGAGACACAUGCCACAUCUACAUGGGUUUUGAAUUGCUUCUGCCAUAAGCAUCUGCUCCACUAACCUCUGACAUACUGGCAUGUGCCUAUCUCUCACCAGCAGCAAAACACAAAUCCCUGCUAUUGUAUUUCAUCUGGUUGAAAAUGGGCAGAAGUAAUUUUGUGACAUGUUCCUCUUUCCGCUGAGCCCCUCAAUUAUUAGGAGAUGGUUACCUCUCUGUGGCCCUCUCUAAUUAAUAUUCAUGAGACCUGAUUUAUAUUUGUGCAGAACCAUUUUCUUGUGAAUUUAUAGACUGUGUUCUCAUGAAUAUUAGUUCACAACACAAAACUGAUGCCUUCACUGUCUGUAGGUGGCAUGUCCACAUUAUACUGUAUAUAAAUAACUAAUGCCAGGAGAAACCAUUAUUCCCAGGAAACCCUGAAUCCACUCUGCCCUGCUUGUUACUAGAGAUGGGUGGUUUUAUUAUUAUCUGUUAAACACUGUAACCUUAGUGUAUUACGUGUUUCCAUUUUGGGCUUAAGCUGUGUACACAUUAGGUGAUGUGUACCCAGCACGACAUCGUGGGGGAGCCAGCAUCAACCAGUGUAUUGUACUCCCUAGCGAUGUCCCUAGAUUGAGGUGCAUGCAGGCCCGACGGGCAAUGGUGCUGACAACCCGCGGCAGCGCGCAUUGUCAGCAACAUAGUGGGUACGCUGGACGGUUUUAACAAUUUGUCAUUCCGGUCCGUCAGAAUCGGGCAAAUAGUAAAAAAAAAAAAAUUGUCUGAUGUGUACCCAUCUUAAGCAUUAAGUCAGAGAUGGAAACAGAGAGGGGAGCUGUAUCAUAGCUGUCUAGCAGAACAUAGUCAUUUACACGUCAGUGAUGCACAAAUCUGAUGUUCAAUUUGGGGAUUGAAAAAUUGGUACUUAGAUAAUGUUUUCCAUGUGCUUGGAUAUCUGAGAAGCAUACAAAUACAUAAUAAUCAUGAUGCCUGAACAUAAAGGAUACAGUAUUCUUUUUAUAUAAUAAGCAUGUCUUGCUAGGUAAGCCUAUAUACAUGAGAGGUAGUAAAGCACCUUUAUUGUGAAUGCUCUAGGGAAAGUGCUGCUCUGUUUUAUAUAGCACUUCUUUGAUGAAGUAAUCAUGUAUCUGAUCCAUAUGUCAUACCUGUAUGAUAGCUACAUUUAAUGUAUUAUGUUGAAUGGCUAAUAAGUAAAGUCUAGUUUGUACAACA